AGACUAAGAUGCCUAGUGAAACAGCUGGAAAAAGGCGAUGUCAACGUGGUGGACUUAAAGAAGAAUAUUGAAUAUGCUGCGUCAGUACUAGAAGCAGUUUACAUCGAUGAAACAAGAAGACUGCUGGACACUGAAGAUGAACUCAGCGACAUUCAGACCGACUCAGUCCCAUCAGAAGUCCGGGACUGGUUGGCUUCCCACCUUUACACGGAAAAUGGGGAUGAUGAAAAAGAAACCUGAGGAAAAACCAAAAUUUCGAAGCAUUGUGCAUGCUGUUCAAGCUGGCAUUUUUGUGGAAAGGAUGUACAGAAAAAGCUACCACGUAGUUGGUUUGGCAUAUCCAGCAGCUGUCAUAGUAACCUUAAAGGAUGUUGAUAAAUGGUCUUUUGAUGUAUUUGCCCUAAAUGAAGCAAGUGGAGAGCAUAGUCUGAAGUUUAUGAUUUAUGAACUGUUUACCAGAUAUGAUCUUAUCAACCGCUUCAAGAUUCCUGUUUCUUGCCUAAUUGCUUUUGCAGAAGCUUUAGAAGUUGGUUACAGCAAGUACAAAAAUCCAUAUCAUAAUUUGAUUCAUGCAGCAGAUGUCACUCAGACUGUGCAUUACAUAAUGCUUCAUACAGGUAUCAUGCACUGGCUCACUGAACUGGAAAUUUUAGCCAUGGUCUUUGCUGCUGCCAUUCAUGAUUACGAACAUACAGGGACCACAAACAACUUUCAUAUUCAGACAAGGUCUGACGUUGCUAUUUUGUACAAUGACCGCUCUGUCCUUGAGAAUCACCAUGUGAGUGCAGCUUACCGCCUUAUGCAAGAAGAAGAAAUGAAUAUCUUGACAAAUUUAUCCAAAGAUGACUGGAGGGAUCUUCGGAACUUAGUGAUUGAAAUGGUAUUAUCUACAGACAUGUCAGGUCACUUCCAGCAAAUUAAAAAUAUAAGAAGCAGUUUGCAGCAGCCUGAAGGGAUUGAUAGAGCCAAAACCAUGUCCUUGAUUCUCCAUGCAGCAGACAUCAGCCACCCAGCCAAAACCUGGAAGCUGCACUACAGGUGGACCAUGGCCCUAAUGGAGGAGUUUUUCCUACAGGGAGAUAAAGAAGCUGAAUUAGGGCUUCCAUUUUCCCCACUUUGUGAUCGGAAGUCAACGAUGGUAGCCCAGUCACAAAUAGGUUUUAUUGAUUUCAUAGUAGAGCCAACAUUUUCUCUUCUGACAGACUCAACAGAGAAAAUUGUUAUUCCUCUUAUAGAGGAAGCAUCAAAAGCUGAAACUUCCAGCUAUGGGGCAAGCAGCUCAUCCACCAUCGUGGGAUUACACAUUGCCGAUUCUCUGAGAAGAUCAAAUAUGAAAGGCUGUGUGAGCGAUGGGAGCUAUUCCCCAGACUACUCCCUCACAGCCGUGGACCUGAAGAGCUUCAAAAACAACCUGGUGGACAUCAUUCAGCAGAACAAAGAGAGGUGGAAAGAGCUAGCUGCACAAGGUGAAGUUGAUCUUCAUAAGAACUCAGAAGCUUUAGUAAAUGCUGAAGAAAGGCAUACUGAUACAAAUCCAUAGGUCUGAAACACCUUAGAAGCUUCUGUCAUUUUAAGCAUGAAAGGAUAAUGAAAACAACAUGAAAAGCAUCUGGAAUACUCAACCUCCCACAAUAGUAUAUUCUCCUCUUUCAACAUGGUUCCAGUGGUUUGGCUCAAGUCAUUUUAAUGGAUUCCUCCAUAAUGAAUAAGAACAACACAAAAUUUAAGCUAGUGACUGCCCAAAUAAGUACUCUGAAGUUGUGAUUGGAGUUUGUGGCCAAUGCUUCUACCAUUGUUUUUCUUCCACAAUUGGUCUUCUUCAUCGAGGCAGAGAAAUUUUUAAGGCAAAAGUUGGGCAGUUUCAAUUUUUCAGCACUUUUAACCCCUCAUACUGACUAUGCAGGAGAGGAAACAUUUCUAAAUGUACUUCUUGCACUGUCUUACGCA